AUGGUGGCACAAGUUUCCGACGUCGCGGACAAGACUUUCGACUAUGUCAUCGUGGGCGGAGGAACAGCUGGCUUGACGAUCGCGGCGCGGGUCCUGGAGAACACGGACAGCUCCGUGCUUGUUCUCGAGGGGGGUGCACCCAACUUGGAUGACCCAAAGAUCCUCUUGGGAGGUGGAUGGGGUUCAACCUUUGGUGAUACUAAGUAUGACUGGGCUUUCAUGACGACGCCCCAAAAGCACUGCAACGAUCGUCAGCUGCUCUGGUCUCGAGGAAAGGGCCUCGGCGGCAGCUCGGCCAUUAACUUCUACGCCUGGAUCAAGCCUCCUGCGGCUGAUGUCGAGGCAUGGGAAGAGCUAGGAAACCCGGGUUGGAACUGGAAAGCGUAUACGAAAUACACGUUGCGCGCGGAAGGGUUUACGGCAGCGUCUGAAGACCAACUCAAGGAAUAUGCCCACACGCACAACAUUGAGUAUCGGGGUCAGAGUGGCCCGGUCAAGACCACGGUCCCCGUGACUCCGCUCCAGAUCAACAGGUUUUUCUUGGAGGCAGCGCAGAAGCAGGGUCUCCCCCUGCUCGAAGAUGCAUACGGCGGGAAUACCACUGGCUGCUGGGAGGGUUCAGCCAAUUUGGACCGCAAGUCGAAGUGGACGCGCUCGUAUGCCGCCACUGCGCACUAUUUGCCGCACAAGGACAAUCCGAAGCUGAAGGUUCUCACGGAGGCCAUUGGCGCCAAGGUACUAUUCGAUGACGCAAAGGACGGCGAGGAUCUCGUAGCGACUGGCGUCGAGUUCAUCCAUGGCGGAAAGACGUACAAGGCAUAUGCGAACAAGGAGGUUGUUCUUGCUGCAGGCACUCUGAAGUCUCCUCAACUUUUGGAGCUAUCAGGAAUCGGUCGGCGUGAUGUCCUUGACAAGAUCGGUGUUCCGGUCAAGCUGGAGCUACCGGGUGUGGGAGAGAACAUGCAGGACCACACCUUCAUAGGCAUCUCCUACGAACUUGAUCCCAAGGUAUCGCACAAAACCGCCGAUCUGUUCCGGAACCCCGAGUUCGCGAAGGAGCAAGUUAGGCUGCAGGACCUGGACAAGGAGAACAUGCACCGGCUGGGUAUCACGGCCUUCGGCUAUGCCCCCCUCCAGCUCGCAAGCCCCAACGGCGCCUCCAGCAUUGUGGAGAAGAUGACUGCGUACGUCGAGGAAAAGAAGCAGAGCGGCACGCUUCCUCCCGGACUUGCCGAGCAGUGGGACAUCCAGCUCCGCGUGCUCAAGGAUUCGACACUCCCUGACAUAGAAGUCAUUGCGUUCCCCGCCUGGCUGACACAUAUCUCCCAGCCAGAACCCGGCAAGUGCUACCUCUCCACCCUCUGUGUGACCCAGCACCAGUUCUCCCGUGGCUCGGUGCACGCGAAGAACAGUGACCCUCUUGAGCAACCGGACAUUGACCCAAACACAUUCUCAGUACCAUAUGACCUAGACAUCUUCACAGAGAACUUCAAGUUCGCCCGGCGCCUCGCGGACACAGAGCCGUUCAAAUCUGGCGUCGUCCGCGAAGUCGAUCCUGGUGCGACGGCGAAGACAGACGAGGAGAUCAAGGAAUACCUGCGGAACGGCAGCAACACAUGCUACCAUGCGUGUGCCUCCCUCAGCAUGCUACCGCGCGAGAAGAAUGGCGUCGUCGACCCCAAGCUGAAGGUCUACGGCACUAAGAAGCUUCGUGUCGCAGACAUGUCAAUUGUGCCCCUAGAAGUCGCUGCGCACACCCAGGCUACCGCCUACUGCGUCGGCGAACACAUGGCCGACAUCCUUAUUGGUGCCGCCUAG